GCCCAGUAGCAUAUUGUAACCACCGGUAUUUUUAAUGUGUUUAGUUGAUAAACGUGUGCCGCGCGUGAUGCUCGUACUAAAACACAGUGCACACGACGCUUAAACGGAUUUGCUUACUACAGUAAAAUAAUUGCCGAAAGUUAUAGGUAUUAUCUAAAAGUUUUAAACGCUCAUUGGAAAUAAUUGUGUUCCUAGCAAUAAUAGACAGAAAACAAUUAAAUAAAAAUAUUGAAGUGAAACGACGAAACUAGCCCAGAUAUUCCAGAUAUCGACGGCAACAAUUGAUUCAAGAUAGGGCCAUUAACAGAUAUAAAAUGGCAAUUAAAUGGCAAGAAAACUCAAGGGGACAACAACAUUGCAAUACACGUCACUCCACCAGAUGGAGACGAAGACAAUGAGUUCGUACCACCGCUACGGCCACGACGGAAGCUCAGCACACCGCUGAGCGCGUUCCCAGGUGCCGAUGGAUUUAAAAUGUCUGUGGAUGGCUUGCGUCUAUCACCUACUCGCUCCCUCUCUCCGGUUGACCGCACUAAAAGAAGAUUCAGCACGAUGGUAUCCACUGCGGCCGCUGCUGCUGUAUCUAGACGAUUGUCGGCUACUAUAGGCUGGUGCCUGGCCAUUCCCACGCAAGUUAAGCCGCAAAUAGUCAGACAGGGCCGUGCCCUGUGUUUGCAAUAUAUAAAAACACAAAUACGACGAUCUAUGGCGUGUCCUAAGAAGCAAAUUGUGAUAAAGCGUCUACAACAAAUGAUUGAAACAGAAUGUGGAGAAGAGGCUAUAAAUAAUACUGAGACAGGCGUAUUAGCGGCACUUCGAGCACUUUGCGCAGCUUUGGAAAGAAAAAGACCAGAUGCGUUUCGUCACGUAGCCAGACAAGCGACGCGGGCACCGUCAGCCAUGCUGCGGUCUGACACGGCCCUGGCUGAACUCGCUUUGGCAUUAGCAAGACGAAUAACCAGAGAAAAUAUCACAUGGUCCAAGAUUGCAGCCGUGUUUUGCAUUUGCGGCGCAUUAGCCCGCGAAGCCGCAGAGGCUGCAGACGAUGAGCCCGCGUUGGAGCUUGUGGCGGCACCGGCUGCUGCCAUCGCUGAUCUUUUGCAUGACGAGCCAGGCUCCUGGGUAGCCAAUCAUGGAGGAUGGAAUGGACUCAUUGAAAGACUUCGGGUUAGUGAACGAGACCAAAGAUCGGAGAAAAAUUUGCGUGUAAUGGUGUCUUUUUUCAUAAUAGCUUGUGCGACACUUUUCUUAUUGCGUUUCCUUUGCAUAUAUGAUAAUGUAUAAUGCCAAUAACACCACAUUACUUAAUAUACCUAGUUUUGGAAAUUAUGUUCUAUCUAUAAAAUGUUUAACAUUCAAUCAAUAGAUUUGUUAUGCGAAGUUCCUAAUAAAAACAGCUUUAUUAUUAUAUACUAUUUAAAACAUUUAUG